AUUGAAAGUCUUUCUCCUCGGGCCAUCUAUGCAUAUAAGGUUGUUGGUAUUUUGCAGGUAGUUCAUCCUGAGCACCUCUCCUCUGGGUGUAUUGGAGAACGACCUGGGAGUUUAGAGUACUAGGUACGUACCGAAGAACGAGGGAUAACGGGACCCCACAUUGACCCCAGUCCCUGCGCCGUUGGCCCACUAACGUCACUGGAGAAUGCGAUCGGAAUUCGUGCAGAGGUUCAAGCCAGAAGCUGCAGUCCAAUUUUCAAACACUUCGAGCAUUAUCCCAGGUCUUCAGAGCCUUCUAAAGUUCAUACUUCGCGGGAUUUCAGUUCUAGACGCCGCCAGCAUCCUUUCUCACAAUGGCGGACCAACUCAAGGACCCCUUGCCGACCUUCGUCGAGGACUUUGGCAGCGACGAACGCAUCUCCUUCUCCAAGCUCGACAACAAAUACCUGGCCGUCCUCGACGACGGUACCGAGCUCGAGUUCGACCCGGCAACAUCCACGUGGGCCGAGGCCGCCGAUGAACCCAUAGAACCACUCGACGACGAAGACGAGACCGCGGCGCAACUAGCAGACCUCUCGAGAGCCGGCGCAGGCCCGAGUUAUAGCAAUGGAGGCAGCAACAAUCCCAGGAAACGGAAGGACUCGCCCACCUCAGCAGAUGCGGGCGGCGGCGGCGGCGGCGCGGACAGACAACAGAGCGGCGACGGCAGUGGAAACGGAAACGACAACGGCAACGGUAGGGCACGUCCCGCGAAGAAGGCCAAGCCGGCGCGCGCACCGCCGCCGCCGCGCCAGAACACAGCCGUCUACGUCACGGGUCUCCCCGCCGAUGCGACGGUGGACGAGGUCCACGACCUGUUCUCGCGGAAAGCCGGUGUGAUUGCCGAGGAAAUUGACAGCGGUCGGCCGCGCAUCAAGAUGUACACGGACGAGGCCGGCAACUUCAAGGGUGACGCGCUCGUCGUCUUCUUCAAGCCGCAGAGCGUCGAGAUGGCCAUUAUGCUGCUGGACGACACAGAGUUCCGCUUCGAGCCGGGCCCGGCUGGGCAACCCAAGAUGAAGGUCCAGGCUGCCGACUCGAGCUACAAGAAGACAAAGUACGAUGAGGACACGAAUGGCGCGGAAGGGGCCAAAGCAGGGGAGGGAGCAGGAGGUGCGGCGGCGGCGGCGGCGGCGCGGCCGCAGCGGAGCACCAACAACGGAGACAAGCAAAAAAUCAUCCGCAAGACGCAAAAGAUGGCGGCGAAGCUGGCGGACUGGAGUGACGACGACGUGGCGGCGGUACCUGUAGAGAGCACCUCGAAGCGGAACCGGACGGUGAUCCUGCGGCACAUGUUCACGCUGGCGGAGCUGGAGGAGGACCCGGCGGCGCUGGUGGAGAUCAAGGAGGACAUUCGCGACGAGUGCGGGAAGCUGGGCAAGGUCACCAACGUGGUGCUCUACGACGAGGAGCCGGACGGCGUCGUGGCGGUCAAGUUUUCGGACACGCAGGCCGCGCAGGCGUGUAUCCAGCUCAUGCACGGGCGGGCGUUUGACGGAAGGAUCGUGGAGGCGGGGAUAGCGAAGCCUAGGGAGAAGUUCAAGAUGUCCAGGGGACAGGUCAGCGAUAGCGACUAGUUAGUCUGUUUUCCCUACCCCUUGGAGACGUUGAUUCCCAGAUUGAGAGGCUUGUAUGUAUAGAAUUGUAUUACUGGAGACCGCAAGGACGGGUAGUGCCGAAAGAAGUGUCUUUGAAGGCAGAAUACCACAUCAUCUUCGGGCACCUUGUGAACGUACCG